GGCUCUGCAGUUUCCUCCCACAGUCCAAAGACAAGCUGGUGGGUUAACUGGCUUCUGGGAAAACUGGCCCUGUGUGAUGGUGUGUGUCUGAGUGGCAGGUUACCCUGUGUUGGGCUGGCAUCCAGGCCAGCAGGGUGUCCAGCAUGACGCCUGUCGCUUGCUGGGAUAGGCUCCUGCUCCGCUUCGACUCUGAAUCGGAAGAAGUGGUGGAUGAGCAAUUGUUCAAAUACUGUAUCCAUUGCUGUUGCUUUGUAAAGCAUUUAUUUUUCCUAUCGUUCUUAAAGAGGCAUCGGCAUCAACAGCAGUGACAGGUGCACAGCAGCAGUGAUCCAGUCAUUCCCAGGUCUGACACUAUGCCUGUAGACCACCAGCCUGGGGAAAUGCCUACAGAAACCAUGCUUUUGAUAAAAGAAUGCAACAGCACGAAUUUAUAAGCGAUAAGUUUGACCAGGAACCACGUAUACAUCUACAUACAAAUAUAGGAUAGACAGCUGUGUGGAAUUCACCUCUGCUGUAGAUACAGAAUACUCAGAUAAAUGGCUCAAUAAGCACAGAAGCAAAUUAGAGAACAUGUAUAUCAGAAUCAGAAGCUUUAUUUGCCAAGUACAAGAUAUACAAAACAGACAAGCUGGUGGAUUAACUGGCUUCUGGGAAAACUGGCCCUUUGUGAUUGCGUGUGUCUUGGUGCAGGUGUCGACAUAAAUUCCAAUCAGAUAAAAGUAAAAAAAAAAAGAAAUCUACCGAUGAUAAUAAUAAUAAUAUAAGUGCUUGAUAAAAACAAGGUUCUGUGAUACGUACAAUUUAAAAGUAUGUACAGCUGGGUCAUAACAUGUACAGUGACUUCUGCGUAUAUUUACAGAAAGUAUCGGCGGCGUGUGCCUGUGUGAAAUGAAGAUGUGCAACUGGUCACAGAGGGGGCGUGAGAGAUUUGUCCUUGUUUAUAGGAGUCACGGCCUGGGGGAAGAAGCUGGGCGGGUGUCGGUUAGUCGUGGUUUUUGGGGCUCUCGUGCUUGGUCUCCGCUGAGAGGGAAAACCCUGGAGGAGAGAGUGGCCAUGCUUCUCCCCACCCUCCUUCUUAUCUUGUCGAGGACAGAUCUGCAAGGGGAGCUGUCAGCCGAUGAGUUUCUCUGCACAUCGCUGUCGUUUCCACUGUGAGGGUGGUGAUGCAGAGCCAAACCCAACAGAAAUAGAAGGUGUCGUGACUGAUCCUGUUGUGGCUGUGUAGAAUUGGGCCAGCAGUGCUUGUGACAGCCCAACUUCCUGAAGCUGUCUAGGAAACUGCAUGUGCUGUUGGGCCUUCUUGGUAAUUGUGGUGAUGUUCCUGUCCCAGUCAAGGUCCUGCUGGAUGACAGUUCCUAAAAAUGUGUCAGGCUGUGCUCUGCCACCCGUGAAACCACGUCUUUCCAAAGGAAGGAGGGGGGUGGGCUUCUUCCUGAAAUCAACGCCCGUCUCCGCAGUUCUUUGUGUAUUCAGCUCCAAGUUGUUGACUCCACACCGUGACACCAGGGGGUUUACUUCCUCCCGGUCUGUGGAUUCAUCACCGUUCGUGAUAAGACCAACCAGAGUGGUGUCGUCCGCCAACGUGAGAAGUCUGACAGAUUGAUGUACUGAUAGAUAGAUGUACAGUCGUUGGUGUGAAGUGAGUAGAGCGCGGGUGGAAGCACACAGCCCCGUGGGGCGCCAGUAUUGAGAAGGACAGGGUCCGAAACGUGGCCGCCCGCCCUGACGUCCUGUUUCCUAUUGGUGAAAAAGUCGUGGAUCCAAUGGCAGGCAGGGUGGGGCACAUUGAGCUGCCUCAACUGAUCCCGAAGUAGAUCAGGGCCGAUAGUGUUGAAAGCAGAGCUAAAGUCUACAAACAGAAGACGGGCAUAAGUGUGAGAGCUGUCCAGGUGCUGCAGGGUGUAAUGCAGAGCCAGACUGAUGGCAUCGUCAACAGACCUGUUCGCUCUGUUUGCAAACCGCAGUGAGUCCUGAAGAGCGUCAGCCAGGAUUGUGAGGGGAUGCAGAAGGAGUCUCUCAGAGCACUUCACAACGACCGGUCUGUAGCCAUUCAGGCAGGAGAUCUCCUGUUUCUUGGGAACCGGAAUGAUAACGGGGGGUUUGAAACAAGCAGGCACCGCGCACUGGGCCAGGGACUGGUUGAAAAGAUCAGCAAAGACGGAAGAUGGCGGUUCAGCCCAGCGAUCAGGGCCGGGCGCCCUCCUAAUCUUCUGUUUCUGAAAAAUGAGCAGCUCGCCUGAUGCUCAGCAGGGUGCGGGGUGCGAACUGGCGGGGGUGGAAGGGAGAGAGGAAGUGUAAAAGGUGUCGCAGACUGACUGUGGCUGGGCUGGGGGGAGGGGGUGAGGUGGAGACCCUUUGACUCUCCAAUCGCGAAUAGAAAAUGUUAAGCUGGUUUGCAAGUGCGCGGUCUGCUGCAGUAUUACAAGGUUUUGAUUUGUAGUUUGUUAUGGUCUGGAGACCCUUCCAUACGGAUGCACAGUCAUUCAAGGAGAACUGCUGUUCCAGCUUUCCCCUGUGUCUGUGUUUGGCGGCCCUGACUGCGAGUGCAUACUUGGUCUUUUUAUAUGCAUCCCGGUCGCCACUUUUACAGGCUUCUUCCCUGGCAGAGCGUAGUUUUCCUAGCUCAGCGGUGAACCAAGGUUUGUUGUUAUUGUACUUGCAAACAGUCUUUGUUGGCAUGCAGGAUUCCUAAAAAAAAACUGAUGUAAGAAGUAACUAUAUCGGCAUAGUCAUCCAAAUCCAAUAAUAAGGUGGAAGAGGGAAUGAUCAGUUUCCAAGUGGGGCUCGGAUGAUUGCCUGGUAUGCAUCUUUAAUGAUGCUGUAACAGUGCUCCAAGGUUUUGCCUUCUCUGGUAGGGCAACUCAUCAAUUGUUUGUAUUUUGGCAGUUCAACACUCAGAUUGGUAUGAUUGAAGUCACCCAUAAUGAUAACUGGAGAGUCUGAAUAUCUUUGCUCUAGUGUACCUCCAAGAUCUGGUCAGCCAGCUGUUGUUGUGCUAAGUGAGUGUUGGCAGGAGGGGGGAUAUACACCCCAACCAGAAUUAUAGAGGCAAAUUCGCGAGGGGGAUAGAAUGGCUUACAACUGAUGAUAAGACUUUCCAAAUAAGGGGAGCACACUCUGGCCAAGACAGACACAUCGCUGCACCAUCUUUGGUUAAUAUAAAAACAUAAUCCUCCACCUCUUUUCUGACAGAGAGGAGUCGCAGUCCGCUCUUAACAGUGGGUAGCUACGUUAGAUGGAUGGCUCAAUAGAUAGGUAGCUGUCUCUAACAGUGCUUUUUCCUCAUCCAUCCCCCGUGUUCCUAGCUACACAUGUGAGAAGGGCAGGCAGGGGGAAGGCGUGUCCAGUUCCAUGUGACAGAGAAGCAGAAAAGGGGGUCACAGAGGACGCCACCAGUCGGGUCUCUGGACACGGCCUGCUUUGACCCCAGCUUUGCCCCGCCAUGACCGGCCUGCUGUCUGCCCUGCUCCUGGUUCCAAUCCGGCUCUGCCUGCGCCUGCAGUCUCUGUGUUACUGGGCGCUGGUGUACAGCACCGCCGGGCUCACCGCCACCCUGGUCCUGACCCGUAUCACAUGGAGGGGCCUGCGAGCCCCUCGGCACGUGUUCCGCUGGACCAUGCGUCAGCAGCCCCCUGCCUGUCUGAGGGACCCCGUGCUGGGCGAGCACAGCUACCUGCGCGGCAUGCUUUAUAUCGUAGUGCAGGAAGUCACGACAGCUGUGGUCUUCCUCUGCCUUCCUGCUCUGAAUCGUACCUUCAAACCACAUCCACAGUCUGCAUCACAUCUCCCCAUACUCUCUGACACUGUGCGGCUCUCCAUCUCCCCACUCCCUGUCCCUUUCCACCCCGCCUCCCAGCUGGUGCGCAGCCUGAUGACGGGUCGCUGGGUGGGGAUCCAGAACCGGGCCAGGCGGCUGACGGAGCAGGAACUGGAGGCCUACCUGUACCAGCUGUCCCAGCCCGGGGGGCUCGCCGGGCCUCUCAGUUACUACCGCAGCCUCUGCAGCGACACGCCGCUGCGGCACCAGGACGUGGGCGUGGCCUGCCUGCUGCUCUGGGGGGAGGCCGACGCCUUCCUGGGGCCCGGGCUGGCGCGGGCCUCGCGGGCGUACAUGCGCGGCUCAUGCGCCGUCCGGAUCGUGCCCGGCUGCAGCCACUGGGUGCAGCAGGACCAGCCGGAGGCCGUGAACGGGCUCAUCUGGGCCUUCCUCAGGGAGGGGGGCAGAGGUGGCAGUACCAGGAACAACCACUAGGGGGAAACCCGCGCUGGUCAGCUGCUGCAGCUGCACAGCAAGAGAACUGCUUCACCGCAAAACCCAUGGAGGACUCCCAUGCACCUUGGGAAAACCCGGGGUGCAGCAGCUUGAUUUUCCAUGGAAUACUGGGGAAAAGAAGAAGACGUCCUUGAAAUGCCUGGGAAAGCGUGUACUGCCAGAAUGACUAUAGGCUGCUGAGGACUGGCACUGCUGAUGAACUCUGUUUUGGACGCACAAAACCUCAGGGUACUUUCAAACAGGUGGCGAAGGGUCGGAGGGCCCUGUCCAAGCCAGUGUGGGGACACUGGAUCCCGCACGCCGCCACUAGGGGGAGCUGGAGAGCGGAGGGACACGUGCUCUCUCCUGUCGGUCUUGCCUCCGCUCCAGGGGAGCUGCCACCAGGAGUUUGGGACAGUUGUGUGCUCGCUCUCCGAGUCCUGUUCUUUACAGAGGAGCAGCUGGUGCCUGCAGGACUCCUUUCAGAGCCUUCAGCUCCAGAGAGCAACUCCCUCCCCGACUUUCUAGGCAGUACAGAUGAAAAAUGUUCACCGCGGCCACAUUUCCGAGAGACAGCGGAGGUGCCGCAGAGGGCAGCGGGAAGGACCUUCCUCGUCCCGGUGAACUAUAGGAACGGCGAAGCAGAGCCACUCUUCAGAGAGCAGCAGCAGGACAGAAGAAGAACUCACUCGCUUCUCUCUGCCUCUUUUACUGACAGGCAGUCUGAUGUGACUUAAUAGAGCUCUUUCAGGUC